UAAAGUGAGUUAAACCCUAAACCCAGAGCAGAAACAGAGAGCCGGCCACAGAAGCAGAGAUGGAGAUAGACGAAGGAACAGAGGACAGGCAAGUCCAGGUUCGCUUCGUGACGAAGCUUCAGGACAUCCCUUUCAAAUUCCCCAACACCACCAUUCCCGCCUCCUAUUCUCGUCUUGACCUCUCUAAAGUCGUCAACGCUCUCAUCCAAUCCGAGAACCCUGAGUGGGAAUCAGAGCCGUUCGAUUUUCUCAUCAAUGGCGUAUUGGUCCGGAUGUCUCUGGGGCAGUUUCUCCUUGCUAAGGGCAUUUCUGCGGAGAAAACAUUGGAAAUCGAGUAUAUACGGGCUGUUGUCCCACGCAGAGAAGAAGAGCCUUGUGUACAUGAUGACUGGGUCAGUGCGGCUGAUGGUUCCAAUCCCGGGUUCAUUUUGACAGGGUGCUACGAUGGUUUAGGAAGGGUUUGGAAAGCUUCUGGAACAUGUACGCAUAUACUGCAAGGACACAGUGAACCAGUUACUUCGGUUAGUGUUAUCAGUGCAGAAGGGGCAGAAAGUUGUCGGGUAGCUACUGCUUCGAAAGAUCGCACCCUGAGGCUAUGGAAGUUCGAUACGGAAGAGGCAACAAACAAUCCUUUGAGGACAAUAGCAUACAAAAUUUUGCGUGGGCAUGGAGCAGCUGUUCAAAGUGUUGCUGCUCAAGCAUCCGGAGACAUGGUCUGUUCAGGCUCCUGGGAUUCCACAAUCAACUUAUGGCUCACAGAUGAGCCUGAUAUAGAAGUUGAUGUGUCAAUUAAGAAGAGAAAGAAAAGUGACCAAGCUAAGGAAUCUCAACUGGAGGCGGAGGCUGUUUCUUCUCUAGUCGGCCAUACACAAUGUGUAUCUUCUGUCAAGUGGCCGCAGCGUAACAUAAUCUACUCAGCCUCGUGGGACCAUUCUAUUAGAAAAUGGGAUGCUGACACAGGCAAAUGCGAACUUGACAUACCCUGCAGCAAAGCCCUCAACUGUCUUGAUAUUGGUGGUGAAGGUUCUGCACUAGUUGCUGCUGGUGGUUCUGACCCCAUUCUUAGAAUAUGGGAUCCUCGUAAACCAGGAACUUCUGCUCCAAUUGGUCAGUUCUCAUCGCACACUUCUUGGAUUACGGCUUGCAAGUGGCAUGAAAGUUCUUGGUUUCAUAUACUCUCUGCAUCGUAUGAUGGCAAAGUCAUGCUAUGGGAUAUGAGAUCUACUUGGCCCUUAUUUUCCAUUGAUUCACACAAAGACAGCAAGGUACUAUGCGUGGACUGGUGGAAAGGUGAUAGUGUGGUCAGCGGUGGGGCAGAUACAAAGCUAUGCAUCAGUUCCGGCGUGUCUGUGCGUUGAGUUAAAAUUUUGAAGAUGGAAGUACUCAGAUAUGGAGUGGCACAUGUUUGGUUUUCUCGUUUUCUAAAAAUGGUGGUGAGAUGCGAUCUCUGUGUCAAGGGUGAGGGUUUCUUGCCGGAGUAUCUAGUCGCCGAGCUCAUUUUCUCACUCUGACGGCCACUGAUUUCAUCAAAUUGCAACAGACUUGUAUUUCUCUUUUUAUACAAAUUAUUACGGAGACCUAUUUAAAUUGUUCAAUAGGCUCGGUACGCCCAUGUCUUCACAUUCUUAUCUAUCUAAAGUUUUGCCGUGUAUUCUUGUUU